AUAAAUAAUUCCAAAAAAAAAAUAUUAAAAAAAACCGGAUGCAGUUCAAUUUUUGAACAGCUCCAAAAAAAAAAAAAAACACGCUCGCUCUCUUUAAAAUCAUUCAACAUUCUCGUCAUCGAUCGAUCAUCAACAACACCAAUUAAUACAAUCACAACACCAACAACAACAACAACCAGUCUCCUUGUGCUAGUCGCUAUCAGCAUUUUCUUAUAACAUCCAAACAAGCAAAAGCAAUUAACAACAUGAAUACGCAAUCCAAAGGAUAUCGCACUGGCGAAGAAAUCUACGAUAAUUUGCAGUGCUUCGACAUGACUGCCAUACGGAACUUGAACAUACCUACAACUUUUCCGACCAUUGGAACCUUUACGCUGGACUCCACCACGUUGGGUCUGCAGCCGCAGUCGCAUGGACCGCCAGCUGCGGCCGUGCAAUUGGCCAUGGCUCAGCCGCCGCAGCAGCAAAGCAUGCAUCAUCAUCAGCAGCAGCAGCAGCAACAACAUAUGCAACAACAGCAGCAACAUCAUCAGCAGCAGCAGCAACAUCAUCAGCAUCAGCAUCAACAGCAGCAGCAUCAACAGCAGCAGCAACAACAACAGCAGCAGCAGCAGCAGCAACAUCCCAGCAUUGGCAUGUUUGAUGCAAAUGAGGUCAACGAUAUCAUCCAAACUCCGCCACAAAUUGGCGUCUUUCAGUCAAACAGCGUGCUGAACAACGGCGCCGGCAGCUCAUCGUCCAUUUUCGGCUCGCAGUCGAGCAACUCAUCGGCCACAGCAUCCGGUGCCAACGAUCCAAAUCAGACCACGCGCGAAACUGGCAUCAUUGAGAAGCUACUGCAUUCGUAUGGCUUUAUUCAGUGCUGCGAGCGGCAGGCGCGUCUUUUCUUUCAUUUCUCGCAGUUCAGCGGCAAUAUUGAUCAUCUGAAAAUUGGGGAUCCCGUCGAGUUUGAGAUGACCUAUGACCGGCGCACCGGCAAACCAAUUGCUAGUCAAGUCUCGAAAAUAGCACCCGAGGUUGUGCUCUCCGAGGAGCGGGUCACCGGCACUGUCACCACCGAGCUGCGCACGGAUAGUGCCAACAAUGUGCUCAGCUCCAGUGAGACAACCGGUCGCAUUAGCUAUGAGAAUCGCGGCGAAUGCUUCUUUUUACCCUAUACCAAAGACGAUGUCGAGGGCAAUGUCAAUUUGCGUGCUGGCGACAAGGUCAGCUUUCAGAUCGCUACGAACCAAAGAGGCAACCUGGGCGCCUGCCAUAUACGCCUGGAGAAUCCGGCCCAGCCUGUUAAGUAUCGCGGCGUUGUCUGCUCGAUGAAGGAAUCUUUUGGUUUUAUUGAACGCGCCGAUGUGGUUAAAGAGAUUUUCUUUCAUUUCUCCGAGGCCGAGGGCAAUGUCGAGCUGCGACCCGGCGACGAUGUUGAGUUUACCAUACAAACGCGGAGUUCCGCCUCUGUGCCUCCGCAGGGCCGGGAGUUUGCCUGCAACAUAACGCGUUUACCACCCGGAUCGGUCAUCUUCGAGGAUGUCGAUAGCACCAUUUACAAGGGCCAAGUGCUCAAAUCGCUUGAUCGCAACAAUGCGGUGCGUCAGAACAAUGAUCCGUUGCCGGGACGCAUACGUUAUCGGGCACCCGACUACUCCGAGGUGGAGGUGCCUUUUGGCGACAAAGACCAGAAGGGUGAUUUUACUUUACGGCACGGCGAUUGGGUGCAAUUCCUAUUGGCCACCGAUCGGCGGGAUCAGCUGCAGCGUGCCACCUCCAUAGCGCUGCUGGACGAGACAUUCAAGGUGUCCGGCGAGAAGCGUGAGCAGGGCACAAUUGCCUCACUGAAGGAGGGCUUUGGAUUCUUGCGCUGCGUGGAGCGUCAAGUGCGUUUGUUUUUCCACUUUACAGAGGUUCUCGAUACGAGCCGUGAAAUCGAUGUCAAUGAUGAGGUGGAGUUUACUGUCAUUCAGGAGCCCGGCUUGGCCUAUAACAACUCGCGUCUGCAGGCCAUACGCAUUAAACAUUUGCCGCCCAAUACUGUGCAAUUUGAAACUCUAAUGGCCAACAACAUUGAGGGCACCGUGACACGCGAGGCGCCCAAGAGUCCCAUUAAAUCUCAGGAUCGCUUCGAGGGUGGCGUCAUCACCUACGAGCAUGGCGAUGUUAAAAAGACUAUUAUGUAUUUUCUUAAAGACUGCGAAAAACCACCAAGGGUUGGCGAGCGCGUGCGCUUCGAUAUUUACAUGGUUAAACGUAACAAGGAAUUUAUAGCUGUCAAUGUGCAGCAAGUAUCGCUGCAACAGCAACAACAACAACAACAGGCGCAGCAACAACAACAACAACAACUUUUAAGCCAGCAAACAGCUGCUCAACAACAACAACAACAACCACAACCAGUUGCCAAUCUAAAUCAGAACGAUCAAGUGUUGAUCUCGAAUGGCAUCGGCACGAAUGCCAGCUCCAUGCAAAAUGGUUAUAUAAUGCACGGCAGCCCUGGCGGCGGCAGCAGCAGCAACAGCAGCGUGGGCAGUAAUGCCACCACUCAGCAGAUUUCAACGCCCCAUAUCGAGGACUUUAAACUGGAGAAUAAUAAUCAUGCGAAUGCUGAGGCCGCUGGCGGGCAGUUGUAUCGUGGUUUUAUAGCCGUCAUCAAGGAGAAUUUUGGCUUCAUCGAGACGCUGUCGCACGAUGAGGAGGUAUUCUUUCACUUUAGCAACUAUCAGGGCAAUCCCAAUUGGCUUGAGCUGGGUCAGGAGGUCGAGUAUACUUUGGCCCCCAAUGGCAACACCUCCGUUUCGGGCAAUUGCUUGCCCGCUGAGAAUGUGCGCACUUUGCCAAAGAACUCAAUACCGCAGCCGGCGGUGCUGGAGACGGUGCACAAUGGCGUUGUGGCGCGUCCGUUGCGCUGCAUCAAUCCGGACCAGCAGGAAUAUGCUGGUCUAAUUGAGAUACUCGAUGAGCAGCGCACCACAAUCAUUUCACAGCAUGAAUUCGGCAUCACCAGCUUGGUGAAUAAGCGCGAUCUGUUGCAGAAGGGCGAUCUGGUUAGUUUUCGCAUCGAUGAGAGCGGCCGGGCGGCCGAGGUGAAUGCGGUGCGGCAAAAGAAACGUGCAACUGUUGACUCCAUCAAGGGUCAAUUUGGUUUUCUCAAUUUCGAGGUCGAAGACGGCAAGAAGCUAUUCUUUCACAUGUCCGAGGUACAGGGCAAUACGGUGGCUCUGCAUCCUGGCGAUACCGUCGAGUUCUCCGUGGUUACCAAUCAGCGCAAUGGCAAAUCUUCGGCUUGCAAUGUUUUAAAAAUAAACGAUCGUCCCGAUCGUCUGAUCUCGCGCCUUAAGCUCAAUGGCGAUGACGGUGUGCCGCGUUUGAUAUUGAUACGCGCACCCAAGGGGCCGCAGGGCAAGGGCUUCUCUAUACUCGCGCGCCAUCCACGCAUUCCAGGCGCCAUUAUGGAGUAAUUCCAAAUCAGAUAUUUGAUGCAAAUUAAAGACAAUGCACACACACACACACACACACAUGCAACCAUAUAUAUCUAUAUAUAUAUUCUUGUACGCUACAACAUAAACAAGGCUUACCAUACACAAGGAUGGCACAGGAACUGCAAAUAUAAAUUAACAACAAUUACGCAACUACAGAACUACAUUGUGAACUUGUCUCUUAACAACCAUAUUAUCAAUGAAUACAAACAAGCAUACAUUUAUUAAGUAUAUUAACUUAGAAGCAAAACACUAUUUGAAACGAUAAUAAUAAUUGAUAGCAAAACAUAUGGCAUACCACAUACAUAUAUAUGUAUAAUUAUGAUGAAUACUAAACGGCAACUCCAAAACAAUUUCUACGUGUCUGAUAUAUAUAUAUAUAUAAAACGAAAAAGAAAAAUAAUAAGAAAAUAUUACAAAAAAAAAAACAACUAAAACUAAACGAAAUUUUACGUAAACUUACGCAUUAAACAUUAAACCAGGGCCCUAAACUCCUAAUUGUAAUCAAAUGCAGUCUGUAUUCUUUUUUUUGUUAUAUUGAAGUUGUGCGCUGCUUAAAACUGAAAUUCAAGUGUCUGAGAGAUGAAACCAAAUUGUGUGUAUACGUAUACUAUUUUUCAACUAGUUUUGCUUUAAUUUAAUUUUAGCAUAUAUAAAAUGAAAUCUAUAACAUAUUAAGAGAUACAUAAAACAAAGUAAACAAUUAUUGUAUAAUGGCAACGAAAUCCUUGCAUAUGUGCAUUACACAAACAAAUAACAAAAUGAAAAACAAACAAACAAAACAAACACUAUAUGCCAUAGAUGCGUAGAUAGUUAUUUCUUUUCUCGACUUAUUAUAUAUGCUCUAUUCUCUAACUCUAUUCUAAUUAUUCUCGCAAACUGUUCUUUCUUAGCUUCUUUGAAGUCUUUACUGUUAAACUGGCAAAUAUAUAUUUAUUACGAUGAUUGUAUACAACAAGUGGAAAAUGAAAGUAUGAAGUAUUUAUAGCAAA